AUGUCGGGGUAUCAGGGAGGUGGUCGUAAUGACUACAACGAUGCCUACGGGCAAAACCACGACUCGUACUAUCAAGACGAUCAAAACGGUCGAUACUAUGACAACGGGAAUGGCCAAGACGCCCGCGGCCAACCCAAUAACGCCAAUCCUAACGACGGUUACUAUGACGAAUCCGGCUAUUAUAAUGCCGACCCCAAUAAUCCCUACGCUGCCGAAGGUGGUUAUUACGACGGCCACGAUCAGUAUCAAGGCGAAUAUUACGACGAGAACCAGGCUGGCUAUUACGGCCAGUAUGGGCAAGGUACCAAUGGUCAGCGACGGGGCGAUUCCGAGGAAGACUCGGAAACAUUCAGUGAUUUCACUAUGAGGUCCGACAUGGCCCGUGCCGCCGAGAUGGACUAUUAUGGUCGCGGCGACGAGAGGUAUAGCGGCUACAACGAAGGCCAAGGUGCUAGAGGCUUUCGACCACCUUCUUCGCAGGUAUCAUACGGCGGGAACCGGUCAUCUGGUGCUUCGACGCCUAACUAUGGAAUGGAUUAUGGCAAUAUGCCCAAUACUCAGAGAUCCCGGGAGCCAUACCCGGCGUGGACCUCCGACGCGCAGAUACCCUUGUCGAAGGAAGAGAUUGAGGAUAUCUUCUUGGACCUCGCAAACAAGUUCGGUUUCCAACGCGACAGUAUGCGGAACAUGUACGACCAUCUCAUGGUCCUGUUGGAUUCGAGAGCUUCCAGAAUGACUCCCAACCAAGCCCUACUGUCGCUCCAUGCGGACUACAUUGGCGGCGACAAUGCCAACUAUCGGAAGUGGUAUUUCGCCGCUCAUCUUGAUCUCGACGACGCUGUUGGCUUCGCGAACAUGGGGAAGAAAUCUCGCAAGUCCAAGAAGAAGGCGAAGAGCAAGAAAGGCGAUCAGACCGAAGACGAGGUUCUAGAAGAUUUGGAGGGCGAUGACAGCCUCGAAGCUGCCGAGUACCGCUGGAAGACACGCAUGAACCGCAUGUCCCAGCACGAUCGCGUGCGCCAGGUCGCACUGUUCCUUCUCUGCUGGGGCGAAGCAAACCAGGUCCGAUUCAUGCCCGAGUGCCUCUGUUUUAUCUUUAAGUGCGCCGACGAUUACUUGAAUUCACCGGCGUGCCAGAACCUAGUCGAACCAGUCGAGGAAGGUACGUUCCUGAACAAUGUGAUCACGCCACUUUAUCAGUACUGUAGAGAUCAAGGCUACGAGAUCUCGGAUGGCAAGUAUAUUCGACGUGAGCGUGAUCACAACCAAAUUAUCGGGUACGAUGAUUGCAACCAGCUAUUCUGGUAUCCCGAAGGUAUCGAACGCAUCGUUCUCGAAGACAAGAGCAAGCUGGUCGAUGUCCCCCCUGCGGAACGCUACAUGAAGCUGAAGGAUGUGAACUGGAAGAAGUGCUUCUUCAAGACCUACAGAGAAACGCGGUCGUGGUUCCACAUGAUUCUCAAUUUUAACCGCAUUUGGAUUAUUCAUUUGACCAUGUUCUGGUUCUACACCGCCCACAAUGCCCCAACUCUCCUGGUUGGAGCUGCGUACGAGCAGCAAGUCAACCAGCAGCCACCAGCCUCUGCGCAAUGGUCCAUUGUGGGUGUCGGCGGCGCCAUUCCCUGCAUAAUUCAGAUCAUCGCGACCUGCGCAGAGUGGGCAUACGUCCCUCGCCACUGGUCCGGAGCUCAGCAUCUCACGAAACGUCUCAUCUUCCUCAUCUUCAUGCUUAUCCUCAACAUCGGCCCUAGCGCCUACAUCUUCGGCUUCCCCGAUAAGCAAGAAGAGCAGCCCGCCCUCAUUCUGGGCAUCGUUCAGUUUUUUAUCGCCCUGAUCACCUUCCUGUUCUUCGCGAUCAUGCCUCUCGGUGGCCUCUUCGGUAGCUAUCUGACGAAGAACUCUCGCCGUUACGUGGCUAGCCAGACAUUCACCGCCAGCUGGCCGCAUCUGAAAGGCAACGACAGGGCGCUGUCAUACUUCCUGUGGGCGACUGUCUUCGGUGCGAAGUUCGGAGAGUCGUAUGUUUACCUAACCCUGUCCAUCCGAGACCCUAUCCGCUACCUCAUGAUCAUGGAUGUCUCGUCUUGCCUCGGAGACACCCACAUAGGACCUAUGCUCUGCCAGCAACAGCCAACAGUCGUUCUAAUUCUCAUGAUCAUUACCGAUUUGAUCUUGUUCUUCCUGGACACCUACAUGUGGUAUGUCCUGCUGAACGCUGUCAUCUCGAUCGCGAGAUCGUUUUACCUCGGUUCGUCUAUCUUGACGCCGUGGCGUAACAUUUUCUCUCGGCUGCCCAAGCGAAUCUACUCCAAAGUCCUCGCCACUACCGACAUGGAGAUUAAGUAUAAGCCCAAAGUUCUGAUAUCGCAAAUCUGGAAUGCUAUCGUCAUCUCCAUGUAUCGGGAGCACCUGCUAGCCAUUGACCACGUUCAGAAACUUCUCUACCACCAAGUUCCCUCGGAGCAGGAAGGCAAGCGAACGUUACGCGCCCCUACCUUUUUUGUGUCUCAGGAAGACCACUCGUUCAAGACCGAGUUCUUCCCCACGCAUAGUGAAGCAGAGCGGCGCAUUUCGUUCUUCGCUCAAUCUCUGUCUACCCCCAUCCCCGAGCCUGUGCCGGUUGACAAUAUGCCGACGUUUACCGUGUUGAUUCCCCACUACGGCGAGAAGAUUCUUCUGACCUUGCGUGAGAUUAUCCGCGAAGACGAGCCGUACUCCCGGGUCACGCAGCUCGAGUACCUCAAGCAACUCCACCCGCACGAAUGGGACUGCUUCGUCAAGGACACCAAGAUUCUUGCCGACGAGACUUCGCAAUUCAAUGGCGAUGAGGAAAAAUCUGAGAAGGACACGGCGAAAAGCAAGAUCGACGACCUACCCUUCUACUGCAUCGGUUUUAAGUCUUCUGCCCCCGAGUAUACGCUUCGUACACGUAUCUGGGCAUCCCUCCGGUCGCAGACUCUGUAUCGUACAAUCUCGGGCUUCAUGAACUAUAGUCGCGCCAUCAAGUUGCUGUAUCGUGUUGAGAACCCGGAAGUCGUCCAAAUGUUCGGUGGUAACUCUGACAAGCUAGAACGCGAAUUGGAGAGAAUGGCUCGUCGCAAGUUCAAGCUCGUCGUAUCCAUGCAGCGCUAUGCCAAAUUUAAGAAGGAGGAGAUGGAGAACGCCGAAUUUCUCCUCAGAGCAUACCCCGACCUGCAGAUUGCCUACCUCGACGAAGAGCCUCCGUUGGUCGAAGGCAGCGAGCCGCGUAUCUACUCUGCCCUUAUCGAUGGGCACUCUGAGAUCAUGGAGAACGGCAUGCGCCGACCUAAGUUCCGCAUCCAGCUUUCCGGCAACCCGGUUCUCGGUGACGGCAAAUCGGACAACCAAAAUCACGCCAUCAUCUUCUAUCGCGGCGAGUAUAUUCAGCUUAUCGAUGCUAACCAGGAUAACUAUCUCGAGGAGUGUCUAAAGAUCCGCUCCGUGCUAGCCGAAUUUGAAGAGAUGACGAGCGACAACGUUUCUCCCUAUACCCCGGGUGUGAAGACCGAAUCCGUCGCACCCGUCGCCAUCUUGGGUGCUCGUGAAUACAUCUUCUCGGAGAACAUUGGUAUCCUCGGUGAUAUCGCCGCCGGUAAGGAACAGACCUUCGGUACCCUAUUCGCCAGAACAUUGUCCCAGAUCGGUGGCAAGCUUCACUACGGCCAUCCGGAUUUCCUCAACGGUAUCUUUAUGAACACGCGGGGCGGUGUCUCUAAGGCUCAGAAAGGUCUUCACCUGAACGAAGAUAUCUACGCCGGCAUGAAUGCUUUGCUCCGCGGUGGUCGUAUCAAGCACUGCGAGUAUUACCAGUGUGGUAAGGGUCGUGAUCUCGGGUUCGGGUCAAUUCUCAACUUCACUACGAAGAUCGGCACUGGUAUGGGCGAGCAGAUGCUUUCGAGAGAGUACUACUAUCUGGGUACACAGCUCCCCCUCGAUCGUUUCUUGUCCUUCUACUACGCCCACGCCGGUUUCCACUUGAACAACAUCUUCAUCAUGUUGUCUGUCGAGAUGUUCAUGAUCGUCCUCAUCAAUGUCGGUGCCCUCCGAAACCAGACGAUUGCAUGCGAUUACAAUCGCAACGUCCCGAUCACGGAUCCCCUAUUCCCUACCGGAUGCCAGAACACCGAUGCCCUCAUGGACUGGAUUUAUCGAUGCGUCAUUUCCAUCUUCGUCGUGUUCUUCUUGGCCUUCGUCCCUCUGAUUGUCCAAGAAGUCACGGAACGUGGUCUCCUCCGCGCCGCAACCCGAUUGGCCAAGCAGUUCUGCUCGCUCUCUCCGUUUUUCGAAGUCUUCGUCUGCCAGAUCUACGCCAACUCUGUGACUCAGGAUUUGUCUUUCGGCGGCGCCCGCUACAUCGGAACCGGUCGUGGUUUUGCCACUGCGCGUAUCCCGUUCGGCGUCCUCUUCUCGCGUUUCGCCGGUCCCUCGAUCUAUUUCGGAGCGCGUCUCCUGAUCAUGUUGCUUUUCGCUACACUGACCAUCUGGCAGGCCGCCCUGGUCUAUUUCUGGGUCUCGCUGCUUGCGUUAGUCAUCUCGCCGUUCCUCUACAACCCUCACCAAUUUGCCUGGAAUGACUUCUUCAUCGACUAUCGUGAUUACCUCCGAUGGCUCUCGCGUGGUAACUCCCUUAGUCACGCGUCGUCGUGGAUCUCCUUCUGUCGUCUCUCGCGGACGAGGACCACGGGCUACAAGCGCAAGGUUCUAGGUGACCCUUCUGGCAAGCUGUCCGCUGACGUACCUCGCGCGGCCAUCACCAACCUCUUCUUUGGCGAGAUCAUCGCCCCUCUGCUUUUCGUGGCCUGCACUCUACUGCCUUACCUGUUUAUCAACGCGCAGACGGGUGUCCCGAGUCUCGAUCCAUCUGCCAAAGCCACCGCUUCGCUUCUUCGCGUCGGCAUCGUUGCUUUCGCUCCCAUUGCCCUCAAUGCCGGCGUACUCGCCGCCUUCUUUGGCAUGGCUUGCUGCAUGGGCCCGCUGCUGAGCAUGUGCUGCAAGAAGUUCGGUAGUGUCCUCGCAGCCAUUGCUCACGCCAUCGCCGUCAUCGGACUUCUCGUGUUCUUCGAAGUCAUGUUUUUUCUGGAGGGCUUCGACUUCACCAAGACGCUUUUGGGUAUGAUUGCUGUCGUGGCGCUGCAGCGGUUUAUCAUGAAGAUCAUCAUCACGUUCGCGCUCACCCGUGAGAUGAAGACGGAUCAGUCUAACAUCGCGUUCUGGACGGGCAAGUGGUACUCUAUGGGCUGGCACUCGAUUUCCCAGCCGGCGCGUGAAUUCCUCUGCAAGAUUACCGAGUUGACCAUGUUCGCCUCCGAUUUCAUUCUCGGCCAUUUCCUCCUAUUCAUGAUGCUUCCUGUCAUCAUCAUCCCUCAGGUUGACAAGCUCCACUCGAUGAUGCUCUUUUGGCUGCGACCAAGUCGUCAAAUUCGCCCGCCCAUCUAUUCGAUGAAGCAGUCGAAACUCAGGAGGAGACGAGUCAUCCGUUAUGCCGUCCUGUACUUCGUUCUGCUUGUGGUAUUCCUCGGUCUCAUCGUUGGGCCGGCCGUAGCGGGCAAGCACAUCGAUCCUAACAUAUCAAAGUCGAUAUCCGCCCAGCUCCCUUUCCCGUUGGCCCAACCGGCGAACCAGGACCAUAACGACACGCGGAACCGGACGCAGACGGGUACUGGCCGUCCUAACUACACGGGUCCCGGCUUGGCAUCCAUGACCAACACUGCGGCUGCAGCGGCAACUACGACCGCGUCCAACACUCGCGAUAAAUUCCGUUUCGUCUGA